AUGAAAGAGAACGUUAGCGGCAUGGCAGAGGCAAACAAAUCCCGGAAACUUCAAACCCGAUCGAAGAAAGCUGGUAAGCCGCUCAGAAGGUUAAUCAAAUGGUCAAAGAACCAGGGGGACCUGUCACUGCAUCAAGAGCUCUUCGCCGAAGCGAUCACACAUUAUUCCACUGCGAUAAAUGCCGGUCGGUCUGCAGCACAUCUUCGGACUGAAGACUACAAAGCAGCGCUUGAAGAUGCAGAAAAAAGCGUGUCAUUAAAACCGAAAUGGUCCCGGGCAUGGGUUCGCAAGAGCGAGGCUCUGGAUAAGCUAGGAGAGUCCAAACGAGCUCAGGCGGCAUCUCGACAGGCUGCUUUCUGGGGAGAAGGCACCGGUCUCGCCGAGCCACAGCCGAAGUCAACAGAAAAUGAUUCCAAGGAGAGGAAGGAAUUCGAAAAAAUGCCCUCUUUCAACUUUUCUUGGAUCAGUUCGUGGAGAAGCUUGCUCGAUAGCCAGCUGCUCUCCAUCCCCCCGUCUGGAGAUUCAUCGAUCAGUCAAGGCAGUGACGAGCACACAAAAAGAAAAACAUUGUCCAGGGACCUCAUUUUUGAGGGAUUGGAUGCAGACGAGUCGAUUUUGGAGCUAGACAAGAGGUUGCAAGAAGCAGUCUACACAGCAGAGAUCAACUCUGCUUCGUGUGUAGAUGCACCGCCCCCAACCCCAAGCAGCCCAGACACUCCGAAGAGGGUGUGGGAUUUCCUUCGAAACUCGUCGAGCCCAGGAGUGAAGCAGAAUCCUGAUUCUCUCUUCGGUGAGCAAGGCCAAGAGAGUCCUUCUCUCAACGCCUCCAAGAAAUCUCUCAGCCUUGGAUCUCCCAACUUGAAAGCAAAAAGUUCCUCCAGACUUGGUGUGGUACUAGAGGGAACGAAGCCUAAGAACGUUCGCUUCCCAGAGAACGAAGUGCAAUCGGUGUGGAUCAUGAGUGUCGAUGGAGAAACUGGUGCAAAGGUCAACAGGAAUGACAAGGCGAUUUCUAACUCGAUGGUCCAGAAAUUUGCCGACGCUCUCCAGGAAGAGAGACGGCGCUGGGGCUUCUGGAAGAAGAAACAGAGCGAGCAAUGA